AUGGAACUCGUAGGGACUCUUUCCAACGUCACAUCAAGCAUGGAAAAACACUACGUUGAAUCGAUACAGAAGAAGCUCGGAAUACCCUACGAUAAUUGCACUUGUGCAUGCUCCCCCAAGGGCUGCACGCCUGUCAAAUUCAUAUUCGAAGAAGACGAUCAAUUCUACUACAACCCACAAAAAGAUCAAAUCCGAAGGUUCAUCAAAAACUUGAACCCACCACAGGCUCUACUGAAUCAGUACAUCUACCAUUUCACGCGACAUAUUCUGUUCGAUCUCUUGGGUGGUGAGCAUACUUGCUGUUCCCUUGGACAGGCGUAUUGGUCGGCAUGGCACCUUCAGAAACCCACAAAGAUAUACCGCUGGCGAAAGAGAUUUCGCGGCUCCGGAAACAUCACUGCUAAGCAUUGCCAGUGCUGCAAGAAUGGACUUCCUGUGCCACGAUGGGCGAGUUUACGAGCUCUACAAGACCCUGACGUCUUCAGCGCAACUCUGGACUCUGCGAUGUCACACUACGACAAGAUGAAACGUCCGGACACUAUGGCACCAGAGGAACAAGGUUACGAGUAUAUCAAGUGGAUUUUGAAGGAAGGGUACUUGGACAUCAAUGUAAGUAACGGCUGCGAACAUGACCUGGAUGAAGACUCGGAGUAA